UAAAAUGUAUUAAUUCAAUCGUUGAUUGGAUGCCUGCCCACUUGCUCAUUUGUGAACUCGUCACACAUCCAGCUCGAUGAAUAAAUCCGUUUUUCUUCCGAGAAAUCUUUUUUACAUCUUUCUCGGCUGCAACAUUUUUUACAGCGGACAAAAUGUGAGUGGCAUGGGAGUUCCAAUACGUAACGAUUCCGGAAGUGAAGUCAUCGUGAGUCAGUUAACGAGUUCCGCGUCCUAUCGCAGAUCGAUAGACAGCCCGUUUGUGACUGUUGGAGCUGUAAUAACCGCUCACGAUUUCAACACUGAAAUGUCGAAAGCCCUUCGUUUCUACGCUCCCGGUAGUGAUCGUCGACAUCACGGUGGCAGUGAAAAGAAAUUGUUUGAAGAAUUCGGCUUACAGCGCUCGCUGAGCGACAGCGACAUUAAUCUGAUCGUUUCUAGUUGGAAUUUUCUCAAGAAACGUCUGAGUAGCUUUGCGCCAAAAUUGUUCAUUGGAUAUUUAAAGGCGAGACCCGAUUCCAAGAAGAUGUUCCCGGACUUCGCUCAUGUAAACAUCUCGGAAUUGGCAACCAAUGUUGAAUUUCGCAGUAGGGCUUAUAAUUGCGUCGCCAGUUUGAAUUACAUCAUUCCGCAUUUAAAACGUAGUUUUCCCGUAUUACAAUGUCCGGCGUUGAAAAACCUUAAAAAAAGGUACAACCAAAUUGACCCAAAGAGUCUUGGAAUUAUUUGGGUGAAUGCUAUGCAAGAGGAGCUGGACAAAACGAUUUUCACCGACGACGUCCGUGUUGUUUGGAAAAAAGUUUUCUCGGUUUUGAAGAAAUAUGUUUCCGAGUUUUAAAAAGAAAUCGUGUUUUUUUUUUCAACUAUAAGUGAUAACUCAUAGUCUGCUGUUGCUGGGGCCCUAUAUCUAUUUUUUCGAAAUAAAAUCAUUUUAUAUUUGGUAA